UGUAUCUUAUUUCUUGUCUCGAUAAAUUAUAUUUUAUUUCUAUUUUCCUUUAAAAUCUUGUUAAAAACUUUGAUUAGAUUUCAUUCAUUCAAUAUACAUCAUUUUUCCUUUACUCAGGUAAACGUCAAAAUGUUGCGCAAGCGUGUUUGUUAUCCUCGAGAGCUUUGAAUUUUCAGCUCAGUCGCUCUAAGAUGGACGGUGGUGGAGCGUAUGGUGGUGGAAAAGCUGGUGCACCCUUCGACCCAAUUGCAUUUGUACAAAGGCCUCAAGUUAUUAUAAAAGCAGCAUGUUUACUUUUCUCAAUAAUUGUCUUUGGUUGCAUAAGCAGUAAAGGAUAUAAGGAAGAAAAUGGAAAAGAAUAUUGUCUUUAUAAUGGAGAUACAAAUGCAUGUAACUAUGGAGUUGGAAUAGGAGUACUGGCAUUUUUAGCGAGUAUAGGUUUCCUUGUAGGAGAAUAUUUAUUUGAGCAAAUGUCAUCAGUUAAAACCAGAAAGCAUUAUGUGUUACUUGAUCUUGGAUUUUCUGGAGCUUGGGCAUUUUUGUAUUUUGUGGGCUUUUGUUAUUUAACUAAUGCUUGGAAUUCAAGCCCGCCUUCUGUCGAUGGAUAUGGAGUAAAUAAUGUACAAGGAGCUAUUGCAUUUUCAUUCUUUUCAAUCUUUACGUGGGCAGGAAGUGCUUGGUUCGCAUUUCAACGAUUUAAACAAGGAACAGAUGCUGCUUUUGCGCCGAGUUAUGAAGCUGAUCCAGUACAACAAGGAGUUAUCGGAGGUUUUACAAGUUAUCCUGAUUCAACAGAUGCAGCUUAUCAAGAACAAUCUUUUCCUCAGCAACAACAACGAGGUAUGGGUGAAUUUCAAGCUCCAGCGUAUUGAGACCAUUAGUUGAAAAGUAUUAUAAAUAUUCUCCAAAUUUGCACAGAGGCACAGCCACUCACUAAAUGACUUAAAAGAGACUAAAUUUAAACGCUGAGCGACCUUAUUCUUACAUUGCCUCCGUAAAUCAAUCUGUUCUAUUCCAUCUGUAUGUUCUUUUCAUUUAUGUAUAUUUUUAGUCUAAAGUGUUAUAAAUAGCAAAUAUGAGAUUAUUAACUACAAUAGAUUAUAGUCAGAUAAAAUGAUGUUUAAUAAUAAUGCUAAAAAAGUUUAUUAAAAAUUUAUUUUUCACUGAAUAAUUUGAAAUUAAUAUGAAAAAUUAAAAAGUCCAUUUCAUCAAUGAUAUUAAUUAAAAAUGUUUAUACAUAUAUUUACAUGAUAUGUAAGCUCGUAUGGCAUUUUAUCAUUAACAACAGUAUUAUAAAUAUGAA